CCGAAAAAACCUCUUUUUUUUUUUGAAAAUAACACCAUACAUAUUGCUCACCGUUUUCUGAAAAAACGCCCUUAGAAAACGAUAUUUGUUACAAACACCGACUCUAGCCUUCAGCGUUUGUAAGUCGCGUUCACUGAACCUAAAUCGCUUCUGUUGUGAGUCAUGACUUGUGAGACCAGUUAGGUCAUCGUCUGCGUUGCUCGCCGCUGUUGAAGCUCCAUCGUGCCAGCGGGAAAUCUUUCGAAAUCUGCGGGAGACGAAAUGAGCAAGGAAAGUGAUAUUUGGGAUGACUCUGCUCUCAUUAACGCUUUCAAUAACGCCAUUACGAAAUACAAGAUCAUGCAUAAGAAAGGGUACCAAGAAAGUUCAAUUGAGAGUGAAAAAGUCAUAAAUGGCAAUAUGGAUGAUGCACCUGUUAUUACUGAUGACUGUUGUGAUGCUGCAAGGCAAUUGGAGGUGGAUGAUAACAACAAUGUCACAUCAAGCAGUUCAAUAGGUGUUGGAGAAGCUAAUGAUUUUCCUGCAAGCCAAAAAAAUCACCAUGCAAGCUCACCUGUUCUGCAAUCCAACAUCCAUGCGACUCCUGAGGGAAAUCUAAACUCACAAGGUGCAUCUGAAUAUACCCAUUUGCUUAACCAGUACUAUGAGCUGGAGGGGCAGAGACAACAGGUGCUACAGAAACUUCAUCAACUGGGUUAUUGGAAUUACCAAAAUCCAUGUGAAGGAUCCGGCCCCUGUGGGCAGUGGUUUAACUGUUUUUCUACUUCUCAAGAACCAGUCUCAGCAUGCCAGGCAUCCUACCAAGGGUUCUCAUCUUGUUGUCCAUAUGUUUGUCAUUGCUUGGCAGCUUCAUGCCCUUCAUCUACUUGUACCUCAGCUGAAACAUGUGAAAAUAAAUUCACUGCUGAUGUUAGUGCUGCCACAUGUGCAUUGGGCCCUAAAAAACUAUCCCCCCUUGAAGAUAUUGGUGUCGUUAAAACCGCAAUGACAGCUGCAGAAAGAGCAAUAUCUUCCAUGAAGAUGAAAUAUCCUAGCACAUACAACGCAUCCGAAGAGAAAGAGAAGAAAGAAGGUCCAAGUUCAUUAGAUGGUGCAGUGGUACAACCUAUGAACUCCGAGACAGAUCUUAGUGUAGUUCUUAGUGCUUGGUAUUCUGCAGGCUUUUACACGGCAAGGUAUCUCUCAGAGCAGUCUAUGGCAAAGGGAGGGAGAGACUAAGUCUUGAUGGUUAUGUUACAAAUUGUGUGCAUUGAUGUCUCUGUUUAAAACAACAUAUACAGAAACAGACAAAUUAGAAACUGAGACCAUGAAAAUUGCAUUGUAAUUUACUGAUAAAAAUGGAUAAUGAGCAUUAUAGACAGCUAUAGGUACUGAAAUCAUUUUUCAUGUUUUGUAUCUAGCUUCUAGUUUUUCCAGAACAAAAAUUUGUUGAUUUUGGAAUGUCUCUUGAACAGAUGCCCGUCUUUUUAAUCGAAUUGUUUAGCGGGUUCUUAUAGGCCCAUCGUUAUCAAAACAUGUGGCCUCUAUCCAAGGUGUAAGAUACGAUCUAGAUUGAGGAAAGCAAUGCAGGUUAUCGUUUUUUUUUUUUUU